AUGACAACCGACGCGUUCUUAGCAGCACUUCGACGUUUUUUCUCCCAACGCGGCUAUAGCUCCGAUAUUUAUAGUGACUGUGCAACAAUUUUUGUCGGUGCUAACACAGUUCUGAGGGAAAACUUUGUCGCCUUUCGCGCUCAAAUAGAGACUGGUGCUCGUUCGGUGGCACUACACAACGUAUCAUGGCAUUUUAUACCUCCAGGAUCCCCAAAUUUUGGGGGUAUUUGGGAAGCCGGCAUAAAGAGCAUGAAACACCAUCUACAUCGAGUCAUAGGUGAAUCAAUGCUGACCUUUGAGGAAUUUUACACCAUCUUGAAGCAAAUUGAGGCCGUUUUAAAUUCCAGGCCGAUAUCUGCUCUUUCCGACGACCCUUCGGAUCUGACGGCGCUAACUCCUGGGCAUUUUUUGGUUGGUGGCCCGUUAGCCGCCACGCCCGAGCCGAACCUUCUCGACUAA